UUUUUUGUAUUUGUUGUUUACGAUUCAAUAUUGCUGCCCAGAAGGCGGGCGGCAGACCUGCCUGCAGUUUCUUCCUCACUCUUGCACUAUUUGUAUUUUUCUCUUUUUUUUGCAUUUCACGUCUGCUAUUUUAAAAAAACUAUCGAUACUAUAUCAAUAAUGGACGAGCGGCCACCGUCCGCAGACUUUGACCAAAUCGAUGAUGUCACGGAGCUCAGGGCUAUCCUGCGCGAGACCACUGCCCGGCUCCAGACAGCUGCGCAGAUGGGGCUGUCUCUGGCCACGCAGAACCAUGCCCUCCAACAGCGCCUUGAAACAUUUGAGCACGAGAAAGACGAGCUGCACCAGCGCCUGGCUCUAAUUGAGCGCGACCGGCGGCGCAUGCAAGACCAGUCCCUGCUGGUCGACCAGUUGCGUGAGACGCUGGUAGAGCUGCAGUCAAAGUACUCUGGCCGGCAGCAACGGCGCGUGUCUGUGGACGCACGCGUCGACAGGGUCGAGCGUAGCGUCGAUGCGGUGCGCGAAGAGCUGGAUGGCCUACAAGCGGCUAUGGCGGAUGUCGAUGGAAUGCGAUGGCGCAGCGAGCGCCAGCAGCUGGCAAAGGCUGUGCAGGGCGUCAAAGACGACGUGGAGGCUGCCGAGUGCCGGAUAGACGAUGUGCACGCAAAGGCCGCAGAGAACGAGCAGAGGCAGGCGUCCAGACAUGCAGACGUGGCGAGAAGGAUUGCUGAUCUGCAGCGCCAGAUUGAUGCCCUGGCGGAGAUGGGCGUGCGGUGCCAAGAGCAGAUCGAAUGGACGGCACAGGCGCAGGCAUCAGUGGAGCACGAGAUACGCGCGGCUGUGGCCGAAUGCAACGAAAUGGUAGGUGGCCAUGAGGCGGCGAUCAGGGCGCUACGCGAUAGCAGCAGUCCAACCGGGCACCCACCCCUGCAUAGCAGUCUAUUUGAGCAGCUGCCGCACGAACAGCAGAAGAGAGAGCUCCGGGGGGACUCGGGGGUCAGUCCAUCGCUGAACGACAGCGGUGAUGCGGUUGCUGGAGGGGAGAGCCUCAAUGACAUUUUCGCUCACGAUACCGAGCACCAGCCAACAUUAGGGCUGUUCCAUCGCCAACAGACAUCGUCACCAACAGGCCACCAUGGCACUGCGUCUCGUCAUGCGAAUGCAGUGGCGCUGGUGCCAAGCAGGCACCACCGCUGCUACCAAUGCUGCUGGCAGCUUUCCCCUCGCCGCCCAUGUCGGCAUCGGGUGAGCUGGAGCUAUCACCGCUGGCAGAGUUUGUCGCCAAGGCAUCGACGCUGCCGCGCAAAGCCGCGUCGGUGAUCGGCACAACCCUUCGCAACCCAACCCGCCGUGCAGUGUCCACACACGCGCGCCAUCGGUCGGCCAGCGACGAGGCCCAGCAGGGUCUGCGGCCAUUGCCGCCAAUGUCUCCGACUCGCCCGGCGGCGCUGGACGGGCUGAUUUCGCGUGCCGGGCAUGUGGGUGUUGGGUGG